CGCCACCCACCCACGCCCCCGGCACGAAAACUGUGCUGGAGCACGCCCCUCCGCUCCCCGGAGCAUGGAUCCUCCGCGGACGCAUGUUCUGGACUCGGCCGAACGCGUUUCUAGGGUCGGUCGGCCAGAAGAGCAAUGGACUGAAAUGGAUGAGGAAUCAAUCCAGCGACGACGAGGAGGAGGAGGAGGGAGGAAGAAAGAAAGGAAGGAAGGAAGGAAGAAGAAGCGCGAAUUUGGAGGAAUUAUAUUCCGAGGAUGUGGAGGAGGGCAGCAAAGAAGUAUGGUGUGAGUUUGGGGGAAGGGGGAGGAAAAAUUAAAGGCGAAAAGCAAGAGUGGUGGCGCUCGGCAUUCAGAUCUCGUUUGCAGAGGGGUGGGGUUGGGGCUAUAGCCAUCGCUGAGGACGGCGGACAGGCCUUUUCCUGGCUGCGAGCCCCUGCGCUCCCACGGAAUUCCUUCUCGCCUCUAUCUUCCUCCUCCUACCUUUAGAGAGGGGAAAGCAGGGUGAAGACAAGCCCUCCCCCCGCGGGUGGUGGGGGGAGAGAUAGAUAGAGGGACGGGGGAUGAGGAGGAGGCAGGAGGAGAGAAAGCGAAAGAGGCCCAGGGGCUCGAUCGAGCCUUUACUGUCCUCGCAGGAGCUGUGGCAACAGAACAAAAGCUCCAGGUGCAUUUGCUGCAAGAUAGGAGCGAGCGCUAGCAGCCCCAGCAAAGAAAGGUGGCGGGCAAGGGGCUAGACUUGAGAUAUGAUCCCGUGUCUAUUCCAAAGGGACGGCAAGCGAAGGAAAGCGAAGGGCAGCGGAGGGCAGAGAGCGAGGGAGAUGCGAGCCCGAGGGAAAGGGAAAGGCGGCCUUUUCAUGCAUACGGCGUAUGCGGGCGAAUAAUGAUCUGAAUGAAUGUCAAGUGACUGAGAAAUAGACUCGACUGGAAUAGAGAUGCACACACACAAAGGGAGUGCGAGAGAGAGAGACAGACACAGAGACAGACAGAGGGAGGGGCAGAGAGAGAGAGAGAGAGAGGGAGGGAGGGAGGGAGGGAGUACUUCCACCCUUUUUCCCGAGGCGACGUUCUGCAAGUGAUGGGGGUGAUUAAGGUCAGAAUCUGGAUAAUGUACCUUGGUACAUCAGCAGUUUAGAGGGAGUGAAAACGGUGUGAUUUCCGAUCGUACUGCGGUGUCACCUUUUCGUGGGGUUCCCGGACUUUAAUGGGAGAAACUUUUCGGUUGUCUCUUUCUUACGUAUGUCUGAGCUCG